UUGGUUGGCAGCAUUGGUUCGUUAAAAUGGCCUACGUUUACCAUCAGUGAGCGUAGCAGAGAAAAGAAACGGGCCAUUUGUCAAGCUGUUGUGGCAGGCUGGGUUCCCAUUCGCGACCUGUGUUCGACAAUGGCCAUUUCCUGAGCUGUUGACUUAGACUUCGAUAGCAUUCCUGGUCUGCAAACCUCUCGCCUUUCGAUCCGCAAUCUUGAUGGAUUUUUCUCGCCUCAACAACAAGAAGCACUGGACUCUGAAGUUUCCCAGGCCUUCGAGACGCUAAGCUGAAAAUCAAUCGAAAUGGAGUGUCCGCCGACGCCACCGUUGUUGCCAGCGGAAAGAAUUCCAACCCCUGAAGAGAAGGUGACCAAAGGGGAAGAUCUUUACGCACCAAGGAGUGGCUCACCAGAACCCAACUGCACCAUUUGCCUCGGACCCUUAACAAACAGGUCAAACACUGACAUUUGCGCCCACAAGUUCUGCUUCGAGUGCAUCCACACGUGGUCCAAAGUCAAGUCGGAAUGUCCACUGUGCAAGCAGAAGUUCUCAAUGAUCUACCACGGGUACAAAGAGGAUGGCAGCCACAAGGUAUUCACGGUGCCGCGACCAGCGCCGGACCCGAGCGUGGACUCGGAGUUGCAUGGCAACUACUUCAUGGUGGUCAACAUGCCAAAUCUGCCCGAAAUGCCGAUCAUGCCGAUGCCGUUCAUGCGACGCAACCUGAACCGCCACCGUCUACCUCACCUGCCAUCCAUGUAUGCUCGUCUCCGUCGCGCCAUUCCCCGGCCGACCGCGCUCUCGGUCACCCCCGAGGAGUCGCUUCCCCUGGCCAUGCGAACCAGAUCUCACUCAAGACUCGUCAACUCCUAUCAGUACCGGCCCGUCUCCAACCCCAGUGAAAUUCCAAGCCCCAUGGGCAUCGACCGGCGCUGCCAGAUUUACGCCCUCAACCAAUGGGCUCUGCCUUUGCCAGACAUCACGGGACGCACCAGAGAGAGCUCCCUUGCAUUUUUCCUAGAAAACCCAGCGUUGACACAUCGACUUACCUCAUGGAUUCUUCGUGAUCUGUCAGUGCUGCUGUCAGAGCCACACAUUGCCCAAGCCUCGCAUCGCAUCAGUGAGAUGCUGUUGCAGCAUGACCUGACCAGCCGAGAGUUCAGCAAUGAAGUGCGCACCUUCCUCGGUGACCGCACGCGCCACUUCAUGCACGAAUUGAUCAGUUUCGCCCGUUCUCCCUACGACAUGAUGGCCUACGACCGGUACGUCUCCUACGGCAACUGGCACCCCAACUUCCACAGCUAUGCCCUGCAGCCCAACGGAGAAAACGACUCGGAAGAUCUUGACGAUGAGGACGUCGUGGAGGUGCCUGUGGACGGCGGCACCGCUCGUCGCUUUGAAUACCCGUCAAUGCGCGAGCGACUGAAUUUCUACCGUCAGCGCGACCCAGACCGUUGGGACCGCAUCUAUGCGCGUCUCCGCUCGAUCCAGGAUUAUUCAACCCGCGCCAAUGAACUGCUGAACUUGCAGAUGCCUUCCGAAUCGAGCGCGUUCACCGCCUUUUCGGCCGCUCCUGCACCUCAGGUUCAAAUACCCCCAUCAGCUGUCGCUGGGCCCUCUGGCCUCUCGGUUCCGUUAACCACUGUGCAGACGCCCAUAGUUCUGGACUCUUCUGACGACGAGGCCCUCCCUGCCUCCGUUGAAACCCCUGCUGAGGGGGAUUUUCUUCCGUCAGACAAUGAAGUCGAAGUGGUUGGAGUGUUCAAACCUCGUCGCAUUCGUACACCCGAGCUGAUUGAAAUAACGUCAGACCAGGAAGAGCUCCCCGAGUUCUUUGAAGCUCCUCUAUACUCGGCCAACACUUUGGAAGUGCAGAGCCAGCCAGAGGAAGAAGUUGAAACCAAGAUUGAGGUCGAAGUCCCACGACCGCCGUCGCCGCCUCCACUGCCCGAAGAGCAACCUGAGGAAAAGAAAAUCAAGAAAUUGAAGCGUCACGCAUCUUCCCCUCGACCCUCCAAGUCGCGGUCUAAGCACAAAAAGCACAGGCGAAGGCACCACAGCACAGUGAGCAGAGACGAAGACGUGAGCAGCUCUGAUGAAUUUGACGCUCUCAUGUACAAACCACCCAAGAUUGAAGUAAACAUGUACAGUUCAAGUGAGGACGAUGAGGAGGCGAUGCCGGCGCGUCUCCGCAGCGUGAUUGUGGCCAGUUCGGACUUUGGUGGUGCCUCCACUUCUCGAUCCUUCCGUUGAAGUAAAAAUGAAUAAAAUGACUGCUACUCUCUCCAAUUAACCUGAAUCGGUUUGCUUGCUUUUGUAUAAAACAUCCAGAAGUGGUAUAAGUUGUGACUCUUUGUUUUCAUGAAUAAUGUGCAUUGUGGUGAAAUUUCUGUGUAAUAAUCAGAGCAUAUUUAAUUAUUAAAAGAGAACUGGGCUUGCGUUA